GUGGCUGGAGCUUGAGGCGCGCAGGGCCAGAGACACCGCAGACCCGGGACCCGGAGCAGCUCGGAGGCGGUGAAUAAUAGCUCUUCAAGUCUGCAAUAAAAAAUGGCCUCCAAUAAAACUACAUUGCAAAAAAUGGGAAAGGAACAGAAUGGAAAGAGUAAAAAAGUAGAAGAGGCAGAGCCUGAAGAAUUUGUGGUGGACCGAGGUGUAGUGAAUGGGAAGGUGGAGUAUUUCCUGAAGUGGAAGGGUUUUACAGAUGCUGACAAUACUUGGGAACCUGAAGAAAAUCUAGAUUGUCCAGAGUUAAUUGAAGCGUUUCUUAACUCUCAAAAAGCUGGUAAAGAAAAAGAUGGUACAAAAAGAAAAUCUUUAUCUGACAGUGAAUCUGAUGAUAGCAAAUCAAAGAAGAGAGAUGCUGCUGAUAAACCAAGAGGCUUUGCCAGAGGUCUUGAUCCUGAACGAAUAAUUGGUGCCACAAACAGCAGUGGAGAAUUAAUGUUUCUCAUGAAAUGGAAAAAUUCAGAUGAGGCAGACUUGGUGCUGGCAAAAGAGGCAAACAUGAAGUGUCCUCAAAUUGUAAUUGCUUUUUAUGAAGAGAGACUAACUUGGCAUUCUUGUCCAGAAGAUGAAGCUCAAUAAUUGUUUGCAUUGCUUUUUAUAUAUAUUUAUAUAUAUAUAUAAAAUCUGGGUCUUUGUUUUUUGAUUUAUUAGUGUGAAGAAAUAACAUUCUAAUGAAAAUCAAGUUUGAUAUGUUUGUUUUGAAGUAGUAUUGGGGGAGUUGUUGGGGUUUUUGCAUCUAUAGCACUGGUUACUUUAAACAAAUAAAAGCUUUCUGUGGUUGCUUCCUUUAUC